AUGCUUCCCCAGCUCGCCGCUGCCCUUCUCGCUUCGUCGGGCGUUAGCGCCCAGGUCACCGCCGCCUUCCCCAACGGCCCGACCAACCCCGAGAAGCCCGAGUUCUACCCCAUCGGUGCCCAGGUCAACCAGACCUCGCUCUCUCGUCUCCUUUCGCUGAACGGUAUCGACGACUUCUGCAUGUACGGCCCUCCUGAGCCUGGACCCGACUCCGUUAUUGGCAACAUCGAGGACCGUGUCGUCGCUUACUGCACCAAGCCCCGUAACAACGCUCGUAUUAUCCCCGACGGCACCAUCACCGCUGCCCACCUUGUCAAGACCCCCGCCUACAUCCAGAUCCACGGCUUCUGGGACGGUACCCGCAUCAACAUUGUCGACGGUGACUCUGGUGGUGAGCUCGACCCCCACGGAGCCAAGAACCUCGGCAACCCCAUCGGUGGAAACGUCACCACCAACCUUGCCACCGGUGAGGAUGUCUUCUACGAGGAGUGGAUGUCGUUCAUCUCGUUCGACCAGUUCUGUCUCCGUAUUUGUACCGCCGAGGUCAACGGCACCACCACUGCCCUCCAGUGCGAGCACGAGCUCGACAUCAUGGGAUGCCGCUGGGUCAUGGCCAUCACCGACUUCGAGGCUUCGCGCACCACUGGCUUCACCGAGUGCGACGGUGAGAUCGCCAUGGCUCCUGGUCUUUACCCCCUUAAGAACGGAACGACCUCGACCUUCCGCCAGCGCUACACUGGAACCUGGACCAACGAGGAGAAGGAGACUGGUGUCUUCACCGUCGGCCAGCUCGUCACCCCUACGGCCCCUGCUUUCUGGCCCAAGUCUUCCAACUGCAAGACCUACUCGACCAUCUCGAACGGUGUCGACAUGAAGGACCUCAUGGUCAAGGCCGCCCCCACUGUCCUCCGUGACGGCUCCGCUGUCCCCGUCACCGGCCUCCCCUCGACCACCCCGGCUACCGUCACCACCCCUACCUCUGUUCCCCCUUCGGUCACCCCCACUUCUGCCGGUGCUGGCUCUUCGGACGCCAAGCCCACCGACGGCGGUAAGGAUGGCGCUAGCAGCGACUCCGCCGCCGCCGGUGCCGAGACCACCAAGAACGGUGACUCUGCCGCUGCUGGCAAGCCGGCCGGCGGUGCUGGUGCCCUUUCGGCCCCCGCCCUCCUCGCCUCGGUCUGCGGUGUCGCUCUUGGUGCCCUCGCUCUCCUCUAA